CUUUCAACUUAAUAUAACGCUCGAUUCGUCGUCGCCUCCUUCUCCUUCACUCUCUCUGUCUCUGUCUGUCUCUGUUUCAGUCUAGAAUAGAACGAUGUAUCUCUCCGUUCCUCACUACCCCUCUCUCAAACUCCCCGCCCUUCAGUCCCCAAAGAGGAAUUUUCGAGUGUUUUCUGUGUCUACGAAUGAGACCGCCAAUUAUUUGCCGGAGGCUCCGAUUUUGAUUCCUGAUGGACCAUGGAAGCAGAUUGGUGGAGGAGUUACUGCUGCGAAGGGGUUCAAAGCUGCGGGGCUCUAUGGCGGGUUACGUGCAUUGGGAGAGAAACCCGACCUUGCACUCGUUACUUGCGAUGUUGAUGCCAUUUCUGCCGGAGCAUUUACAAAGAAUGUAGUUGCUGCAGCACCAGUGUUAUACUGUAAAAAAGCAUUGAACGAUUUGGAAACGGCACGUGCAGUGUUAAUAAAUGCUGGUCAAGCCAAUGCCGCCACGGGGGAUGCUGGUUAUGAAGAUGUGAUAGAAUGUGUCAACAAUCUUUCUAAGAUCCUUCAAAUAAGGCCAGAGGAAGUUCUAGUUGAAUCUACAGGGGUGAUUGGUCAUAGAAUCAAAAAGGAUGCACUUUUGAAUUCUCUUCCAAAACUAGUCAGAUCUCUUUCAUCUUCAGUUGAAGGUGCAGCUUCUGCAGCAGUGGCGAUAACGACAACCGAUCUUGUCAGUAAAAGCGUGGCAAUCGAGUCCCAAGUUGGGGGCUCAACCAUAAGAAUUGGAGGAAUGGCGAAAGGUUCGGGAAUGAUUCACCCGAGUAUGGCUACUAUGCUCGGUGUUGUAACAACGGAUGCUGUGGUUGCUAGUGAUGUUUGGAGAAAGAUGGUGCAAAUUUCUGUUGAUCGAAGCUUCAAUCAGAUUACGGUGGAUGGGGAUACAAGUACCAACGACACUGUCAUUGCUCUGUCGAGUGGCUUGUCGGGGUCUCGUUCUAAUAUAAUUUCGUCACUGAAAAGUCGAGAAGCAGGACAGCUUCAAGAAUGCCUUGAUGUGGUGAUGCAAGGCCUUGCCAAGUCAAUAGCCUGGGAUGGUGAAGGAGCAACCUGUCUGAUUGAGGUUGCAGUGAAUGGUGCAAGUUCAGAAGCCGAAGCAGCGAAAAUUGCUCGUUCGGUGGCAGGCUCGUCGCUCGUAAAGUCAGCUAUAUAUGGCCGAGAUCCAAACUGGGGACGCAUAGCAGCAGCUGCCGGGUACGCAGGGGUAGCGUUUGAGCAGAAGAAACUCAAAGUGUCGCUAGGAAACAUUCUCCUCAUGGACGGAGGAGAACCUCAAUCUUUUGACAGGGCUGCGGCUAGUAACUAUCUCAGAAGCGCUGGAGAAACCCAUGGUACUGUCAAAAUUUACAUUUCUAUAGGUGAUGGGCACGAAGAAGGACGGGCAUGGGGUUGCGACUUGAGUUACGACUAUGUCAAGAUAAAUGCAGAGUAUACUACAUAGAUAGAUUGUUGGCAAUGCAGCUAGCUACAAAGAAUAAACACAUCACUUGGUCCUCUGUUUAUUUAAUUGAACUAAACUAAGUUAUAAUUGAGUUGUUCCAAUUCCAUGGAUUUUUGCUAUUUUCAA